AUGCUCACGCGGUUCUCCAGCGCUGUCCAGACGGCCGUGUCCGGCGCAGCGUCCGCCGCCGUGUCCGGCGCCCAGAACCUCCAAGGCCUCCUCAGUGAAGAGUACCUCAAGCACUACGAGACGCCGCGGGACUGCACGGCGUCCGGCGGCCACGAGCUCCUGUGGAAGAUCUUCCCCGCCGUCCACCGCAAGACCAACCACGAGUACAGUGUCUUUCUAUUCGACAAGGAAGAGCUGAAGCGGUUCAAGACUAAAGUGGCUCAAGACCGAGUGCUGGAGAUCCUGCGGCAGGAGAUGAAGACGCUCCGGGUGCUGCGCCACCCGCACGUGCUCAAGGUCGAGGAGGUCUUUGAAGAGAGUCGACGCUCGCUCUGCUUUGUGACGGAGCGCGUCACGUGCUCGUUGGCUAAUGCCUGCAAGAACUUUACUAACAUCUUGAACGUGACGCCAGAGGUGCUGGAGAUUGGCUUGACGGAGUUUGAGCUCGCCUGUGGCCUCAUGCACGUGGGCGAAGCGCUGAGCUUUUUGCACCGGGAAGGACGUCGCGUGCAUUUAAGUUUGGGACCGCAGAGUGUCUUUAUUACACCCAAAGGAGAGUGGAAGCUUGGGGGGAUGGGCUUUUGUCGGGUUGUCGAGCCUGGGCACACGUCAAGAAGUGAAUAUUACGGCGGUGAUGCGUCGACGGGAGUGAGGAAUUCCGUGACGGGGGUUCUGGAAGGAAGCUGGGAACCCUUGCUUGAGUACUGUGCGCCGGAAUUGGUCACGGAACCAAGACAGUUUGAUAGCAAAGCCGACAUGUUUGCACUCGGUUUGCUGGUCUAUGAACUUUUUGUACCGCCACGUGCAGAUGGAGGACGCAAUCCUGUGCUGGAUGUGCACGAUGGAAACAAGAUGACACACGGAUACAAGGUGCAGUCGCUUCAUCCGAUUGCAUUUCCACCCUCGGUCCCGAUGGCGUUGCAGAACACAAUCCGUUCGCUGCUAUCGUUGGACCCUACGAAACGUCCGGAAGCUCGUGCAUUUCUAGCAUCACCAUUCUUCGACUCGGGUCCGAUCAAGACGCUUCGGACGUUGCAAAGCUUGGUCGAGCUAGAGCCAGCGGCUCAGGCAAAAUUUCUGACAGCGCUACCUGAAGCGAUCGAUGGCUUUUCGCCGCGUGUGCUCCGUGACAUGGUGAUCCCAGGCCUUCACUCAGUGGUGAUCAAUAAGGCUGUGUCUCCAUUUGUGAUCACGCCGCUACUCAAGAUCGUAGCCAAGGUCGACAAGCAAACUUUCGCGCACUCGAUUGCACCAAUGAUGGUCCCGCUGCUGGCCAUCACGGAGCCUGUCCAGUGCAUGCUGAUGUUUGUGUCAGAACUAGAGACGCUCAUCCCAAAGGCAGAGGACGGCUACAUUCGUGACCACAUUGUUCCUAUGCUGUGCCGUGCGCUUGAUAGCACAGUGCCCGAAAUUCUUGAUACGGUGCUCAACAAAAUCGUGGAUCAGGCGAGUUUGUUCGAGUACCGCAUUCUGAAGCAAGUGAUUCUGCCGCGGGUGAAUAAGGUCAUUCUUUCUCCACCGCAGCCGUCUGUGCGGAUCAAUGCAUUGCUCUGGCUGGCAAAGUCAUUUCACGUGUUCGAUAAGGAUCUGCUCAUUGAAAGCGUCCUGCCUACCCUUCAGCUCACUCUUCAAGCAGACAAGACACCAGCUGCAUGCAUGUGCAUUCUCGGGUGCUAUGACAACCUCGGAAAACACCUUGGUCCGGAGUUUGCUGCAACUCUAAUAAUUCCUGCAGUAGCGCCACUGUUAUGGGAACAGAGUUUGAAUAAUGCGCAGUUUGACAUGGUGUGCGAGAAGAUCCAAGAUAUGCUCAAGGCCGUGAUCAGCGAACGUGACAAGUCGUUCACAUCUCAAAGCUCUGUCCACAGCGUGGCAACAGGUAUCACUGCAGCUUCGGGUAUGUCAGGUGCUAUUCGUGCUGCAGAGGCGUCGAAGGAGCGGGUGUCAGGUGUUGCAGCAGCGAACAAGUUGCUGUCCGAAGAGUAUGUUGCAAAGAAGGCGCAGCCAGAGGCCAGUAAUCAGAAGCCCGAGCGAUACUCGGACGAUCCGUUUUAUUUGGGCAAGUCGAGCCCAUCUUCUAGCAGCAGCAGGACUAUGAGUACUGGAGCAGAGCGACGUGCCUCGGGUGGCCGCCGUGAGUCACUAGCCGAGCAUGCAGAACCGUCCACAACACGCCGCCGAGCAAGCAAGAAGGGAAACACACGGUCGAAUCGCCGUGCAAUAAAGAAGGACGAUGGAAACGCCGAUUUACUUUCCAUCGACUCGACUUCUGUCAAGUCGUCAAGCACGCCCAACGACCUUCUUGACACAGGAAGUCUGCUGACCGCCCUGCCUCCUGCACCCGUUCCUGCACAGGGUUCUAUAGGUGUUGGUGGCGGUAUGUUUAACGGCAUGAGCGUGUCUUCAAGCAGUGGUGUAGAGUCAGUGGUGCCAGCAUACGCGAGCCAGACUACUUUUGGCAUGCAGCCUCACGUAAUGAGUUUGCAGCAAGGCAUGGUACCCUACGGCCAAAGUAUAAGUACUGGAGCGAUGGCACAAUCACCGUACCAGAGCAAUCCAGGCAUGUCGCAAAUGACCCCAUACGGCAUGCAACAACAAGACCCCCAUAGCAGCGGCGGCUCCGAUCAAACCAACAUGGGGCUUGCCGGACCCGGACAGAUGCUGCAGAUCCAAGCCGCCCCUAGUUACAGUCAAUACGUACAACCGCCACAGCAAAGCGGGGACAAGUUUAGCGCCUUCGACGGGUUGUAA